CGUGGGAACCACUUGUGGACGGUUUCUGUUUCCGGUCGGACUGUAUCGCGGCGGGACCGGAAACAUGGCGUUCAACUUCAGCGGCGCGAGUCUUCCUGGCACAGGCUUCGGAGGCGCGACCACGACAUCUGCACCCACAGGCUUCGGCUUCGGAUCGGGCGGCUCGGGAUUUGGCUCUCUGGCCCCCAGCGGUGGCCCCACUGCGCCUGUUAGUUUUGGGGGCUUCGGUUUGGGCCCCGUAGCCCCUGUGCUCAGUUUUGGCAGUAGCCUCAGUGGAGCAGGUGCGUUCGGGGGGUUUGGCUCCACCACUACCUCCACCGGCGGCACCAGCUUCAGUUUCUCCACGCCGUCAAACACAGGUGCGAGUCUCUUCGGAAACACUCCGAGUAAGGGCUUUGGUUUCUCGUCUGGUCUGGGCUCGAGUGGAGGUCUGGGUGGUGCUGCACUGGGCUUCGGAGGAUUCGGUGGGAUCCAGACCGCUCAGAACCAGCCGGGAGGCCUGUUUAACCAGCAGGCGUCUCAGUCCAGUCAGCUCUUUAACACAGCCAGCGCUCUCUCUGCUCCGUCGGUCCUCAGCGACGAGCGCGACUCCAUUCUGGCCCGAUGGAACCAGCUGCAGGCCUUCUGGGGAGUAGGGAAGGGUUACUACAGCAGCAGCACACCGCCGGUGGAGUUCAGCCAGGAGAACCCCUUCUGCCGCUUCAAGUAUGUGGAAAAUAAUUUUCUAUUAAGAAAUUAAUAAUUUCUAUUCUUCAAUAAGAAGGAAGCUGACGUUCGCUCUCAGCAGCAGCAGCUGGUCGAAUUGAUGCACAAGGUUCUGGGAGGAAAUCCGACUCUUUCGGUCAACGUGGAGGGAGUGCGAGCGCUGCCCGACGAUCAAGCGGAGAUGAUCAUUUAUCUGGUGGAGCGCUCUCCUAGCGGCACGUCAAAGCGAGUCCCGGCGUCCACGCUCUACAGCUACAUGGAGCAGAUGAACGUGAAGUCUGCGCUGCAGCAGCUGGGUGUGAUCAUGGCGGUCAGUCGCACCGCACUGACCCCGGCGCAGCUCAAGCAGCUGCUGCAGAACCCGCCCGCAGGUGUGGAUCCCAUCAUCUGGGAACAGGCCAAAGUGGACAAUCCAGACCCAGAGAAGUUGAUUCCGGUGCCCAUGGUGGGCUUCAAAGAGCUGCUGCGCAGACUGAAGAUCCAGGAUCAGAUGACCAAACAGCACCAGACCAGAGUGGAUAUCAUCUCUAACGACAUCAGCGAACUGCAGAGGAAUCAGGCCACGACCGCCGCCAAGAUCACGCAGUACAAACGCAAGCUGAUGGACCUCUCACACAGAGUGCUGCAGGUGUUGAUCAAACAGGAAGUUCAGAGGAAGAGCGGUUACGCCAUUCAGCUGGACGAGGAACACCUGAGAGUUCAGCUGGAAACCAUCCAAUCAGAGCUCAACGCACCGACACAGUUCAAGGGGCGACUGAAUGAACUCAUGUCUCAGAUUCGGAUGCAAAAUCAUUUUGGAGCUGUUCGUUCAGAAGAGCGUUACCGUGUUGAUGCCGACCUGCUGAGAGAAAUCAAACAGCAUCUGAAGCACCAGCAGAAGGGUUUGAGUCACCUGAUCAGCAUCAUUAAAGACGAUCUGGACGACAUCAAGACGAUAGAAGACGGGCUUCACGACAGCGUUCACGGACGCAGCAGCAAACUCAGCUGACGCAGGUCAGAGAGCCCUCUCUAACCCUCUCUAACAUCUGAACGUGAGAAAGAAAUGAGACCGAAACAGCGGAUGGUGACACCGAUCACUUUGUGUUGGAGCGGCACAUUUAUUUUUACUUGCGCGUGUGAAUGUGUGCCUUUGUUCAGAUGAAAUGUUUUACUGUGUCUAUGAUUGAUUAAUAAAGCUUCACUGUAUGAAUUUCAUGGGU